AUGCCUGGCUUUCAUCCAGGCGACCCUGGUUCAAAUGCCGCCAACGGAAUUGUAUUUGAUCCUCCCCACGUCACAGGAAAGGAUGUGCACACUUUUCACAAGGGCAGAAUAAUCUCAACUGGCUGCCCACUUGCAGGCAGGGAGGACGAGAACGAUAUUGCAAGUUUUCUGAAGAAACCUGGUGUUGGGUCUUGGACUGUCAAGCCCGAAACUCUGACUCCACAGCCCUGGAUUCACAAGCUCUCCAAUCUCGACUUCCACAUCUCCUUUGAGAAUUACACCAAGCAAGUCUACUAUUUCCCGCCAUCUAGCAGGGAUGAUCUUGUCGCGAGCUUGAGAGCUUCGCUGUCCAGAGUGCUUGUCCCGUUUUAUGUCUUGGCAGGGCGGGUGCGCAGGGCGGAAGAUGGUCACAAGCUGGAGGUGGAUUGCAACGACGGUGGCAUCUCGUUUGUGGAGGCCCCCGAUGCCAGCUUCAGCGAUUGGAAAAACAUGGCGUUUUGCUCCAUCGAGCAGCAUCUCAAUCCUUCGGAAGUGGCCAUCACGGAUCCAGACACUGCUCCGAUCUUCAAAGUUCAGGCAGGUUUCUUGAUAUCGCAUUUAAUUCUUCAAUAUUUCAUGGAAUUCCUGAAUCUAGGUGACGAAGUUCAAGUGUGGUGGGAUCGCAUUAGGGAUCUUAACGGCCGAAGUGGCCAGGCAGCCCCCAUUCUGCCAGUCCGCGACUACUACUCCUCUCCGAUCUAUAACACUCACUCGGCCAAAGCAACCGACGUAACGUGCGAGUACGUAGUGAAGAUGUUUGAGAUGGAUCCUGACCAAGUCGACGAUCUUAUCCGAGACGUUCACAGUGGUCCGUACAGCUAUGGCCGCCCUCCAACCUCGUUCGAGGCAACGAGCGCCAUGAUGUGGAAAGCCAUCACCGAGGCCAGAGAUCUCCAAGACUCGAUCAUCACAAGCUACGUCUAUGCGAUCUCUCUCAAGGGCAAGAACCGCUGGAACCCCCCAGUCCCAGCCUCGUACAUUGGCAACAGCAUCCACUCGCCAUGCCUCACUGCCAAGGCCAAAUCCCGCCAUCUCUCCUAUGCUGCGAGGUUGUUCCAGGAGGAUAUCCUAAGCACCAUUCAAGAACACAUGCAAUCCGCCAUCGAUUGGAUGGAGAUGGAGCUGGGCAGAGGACGGAAGAUCAAUCUAAAUGGUGAUUUUGUGUCGGUGACUGGGAUCUACAGCACGAGCUUGCACAGUUUCCCUGUGUACAGCGUUGAUUUUGGAUGGGGAAAGACUGUACACUACUCUCUGGUAAUGCAGUCGUGGUAUGGGAACGGUGUCACGGUGAUUCUCCCCAGCCCGAGAGGAGGAAGGCACCGGCGGCUGCUCAUCUCGCUACCUGCAAUCCAUAUGAAGAAGCUCGUGAACCAUGAAUUCUUCCGCAACUAUACUACUCUGGGAUCGUAG